UAAGACAAUGAUAUUUUACGAUAACAUGCGUAUAUAAACCAUGAAAGUAAUUUAUAGAACACAGUCUUCAAAGUAUAUUAACUGUUCAAACUCCUGCAACCAAACCAAAUCCACAAGAAUGAGAGUUCUUACCCUACUUCUGAUUGUGUCAUUAAUUUCUGCCGUUGUGUCGUCGGCUUUGUUGCAGACGCCAACUUGCAGUUCUUGGAAAGGAAAAUGUCAACGCUACGAAGAUUGUUGCCGCUAUCUUGUGUGUCCCACGUAUGAAGGUCGUUGUAUACUGGAACCAGGAAUUAUUGUCCCUGGAGAAGACAACAGACCCAUAGGAAAUGGACCGUUUCCACCAGGAUAUCCGAAUAUCGAAACCACAAGUGCCUAAGCAAUUAGAAACUGGGACUAUUACUUAUUAUUAUUACCAUUUGAAAUAAAAUAAAGUAAUCAUUUCUCACGUC